AGCGAGGAGGAAAAUAAAAAGAAGAAGAAAAAGAAGGAUUCUAGUUCUUCAUCCUCUGACAGCUCCUCCUCCUCUGACAGCGAUGAUGACAAAAAGAAAAAGAAGAAGAAGAAGAUGAAGAAGAAGAAGAAAAAGGAUUCCAGCUCUGAUGAUUCAGAUAGCGAGAAAGACAGGAAGAAGAAGAAGAAGAAGAAGAAGAAAAAGGGUUCCUGCUCAUCAGACAGCGAAGACGAUAAGAAGAAAAAGAAGAAGACAAAGGAUAAGAAGGACGAUUCUGACAGCGAGGAAGACAGGAAGAAGAAGAAGGACAAGAAGAAAAAGAAGAAGAAGGAUAAGGACUCUGACAGCGAGGAAGACAAGAAGAAGAAGAAGGACAAGAAGAAAAAGAAGAAGAAGGAUAAGGACUCUGACAGCGAGGAAGACAAGAAAAAGAAGAAGAAGAAGGACAAGAAGAAAAAGAAGGAUACGGAGGACUCAUCUGACAGCGAGGAUGAUAAGAAGAAGAAGAAGAAGAAAAAGAAGAAGGAUUCUGGUUCUGACAGCGAGGAAGAUAAAAAGAAGAAGAGGAAGAAGAAAGACAAGAAGAAGGAUAAGAAGAAGAAAGACAAGAAGAAGGAUAAGAAGAAGAAAGACAAGAAGAAGCAAAAGGAUGACUCCUCAUCUGGAAGUGAUGAUGAUAAGAAAAAGAAGAAGAAAAAGAAGAAGAAGGAGAAGAAGAAAGAAAAGAGUUCCUCUUCUGGAAGUGAUGAUGAUGAGAAGAAAAUGAAGAAAGACAAGAAGGACUCCUGUUCCGAUGUUGAGGGAGAAUCUAAGAAAAAAACAAAGGAAGAUGACAACAAGAAAGAGGAUGGACCUGAGAAUGAAAAGUGUGGAGAGAUGAAAAAGGAGGGGAAAUAUGUAGGUGGCUUGGUGAUGGGAGGAGGGUGCAUGGAUAGCAAACCAUCUGACGAGGGAUCAGCUAUUCGCCCAAAACCCACCCUGAAGUUGGAGUCUUGUGGGCCGUCGGCAGACCCCAGACCCAACACUCGCUAUGAGUCCAUUUAUAGCCCCUCGCACUCUCUCAGUCCCAGGGAGAGCAGCCCCUCCCGCCCGCCACGCAGUCCCUUGGAGGCCCUGAUGCGGAACCCAACCUGGACCAGCGACCGUGACCCAAUGACCGGGAGAGGACCAGCCAGCAGCAGAACCACACUGCUCAAAUCCAGUGAUCUGCUCAGGGGUCCUAAGCCUUAUCAGCCGUAAUUAACAUGGAGAUUGGAAAAGAUAGGCCAAGAUGAUUCAUGCUCAUUACAAUCAGGCUGAAACAUGAUCAAAAGGAAUUCUGUCAGAAAUAAAAAAAAUCAUUUCAAUAGGUACAUUUUUGUGAAUCUCUUUUCCAACUGAAGCUGGUCAACUUUUGCAAUUAAUACACUUUUGCCUCUCUGGAAACCUCACACUUGAGUGACAUGCAAUUUGUUUAUCUAAAGUAAAYUGAGAAGUUUGAAAAUAA